AUAUCGACGAAUGCCAAGAACAUGAACGAAUUUGUGGAGCCGGCACAUGUGUCAAUACUAUCGGCUCGUAUGAGUGCAUAUGUCCAAUGGGCAUGAUAGAGUCUAGUACUGGAACCUGCAUACCGGACGUACUUUGCACGAAAGAGCUGUACUGCACCAGUGUGGACAACACGUAUUGUGCUGAUCAGAAAAACGAAUCUUAUUUGUGUCAGUGUAUUAACGGCUUCAAUGGCAACCCUAGGAUAUACUGCAGUCCGAUCAAUUACUGUGCUGAAGAGGACAUAUGCGGUAUCAACGAGGUUUGCCAGGACCUGAUUGGCAGCUAUCGAUGUCAGUGCAUCAAAGGAUACACACGUGUCGGCUCCUCCUGCGUUGACGUAAACGAAUGUGAAUUAUGGUGCCCUUGCCAACGUGACCAGAGGUGCGUCAACACUAUUGGCAGCUUUGAGUGUCUCUGCUUGAGCGGCUACAAAUUUGAAAAUGGACAGUGCGUCGAUAUAGACGAAUGUGCGGAAAGUAUGCACAACUGCAACCCUGAAACUCAGGUCUGUCAGAACUGGGUCCCCGGAUUCAGCUGUCAGUGUAAAUGGCCGCAAUAUUUUCUGCAGCAAGGUCACUGUGUCAACAACGACGAGUGCAAGACCGGAAUGUUCAACUGUCCGAAGUUUUCUGAAUGCUUGGACACCGAGGGCGGUUACUCGUGCGUUUGCACCGCCGGAACCAAGGCGGUAUUCGACGAUAAAGGCGGUACGCUGGUGCAGUGCGAAGACGUCAACGAAUGCGAGCAGAACCUAGCCGUUUGCGACGAGCACGCCAACUGCGUCAAUACUCACGGUGGAUACUACUGUAAAUGCAAAAGCGGAUAUUACGGUACCGGUCUCCAUGGUCAUUGCUACGAGAAAACCAACUGUUCUUCCUGUGACAAAAACGCCGUCUGUCUGCGAACGUCGUAUGAAACCCUGAACUGCACGUGUCAAGCAGGCUUCUCAGGAGAUGGCAUCCAUUGCACUAGAAUCGACGUAUGUGCGCGAACGACCUGCCAUCCGAACGCGGAAUGCAUAUCUACAGACUACUACUAUCCUUGCCGGUGCAAGUACCCGUAUGAAGGGGACGGUAUCAACGUGUGUAAAAAAAUUGAUUUCUGCAAUUCUAAAUAUAACGACUGUCCGUUCGGUGCGAAAUGCGUGAACCUGAAUGAAUCUGUCGACACAAAGUGUCACUUCAAAUGCAUCUGUCCGACUGGCUUUGAGUUCGACUAUACUUCGAGAUUAUGCAAAGAUAUAAAUGAAUGCGCUACAUCGCCGUGCCCUGAGCAAGCUACUUGCGUCAAUCACGAGGGCUUCUACUCGUGCGUUUGUCUGGCCGGAUAUAUGUAUGACAAAAAGUCGAACACUUGUCAAGACGUUGACGAAUGCGCCCUCUCCAGCAUGUGCCUUCCGCACGGCAAAUGCAAAAACACACCCGGCGGCUAUCAAUGCAUUUGCGACAGUGGCUACAGCUUCAAUCAGGUGUUGAACAUCUGCGUCGGUAAGCCAUUGGCCGACACAUCCUUCGAUCUCACCGCGUGUGUCGUACAGAUAUCGACGAGUGCUUAACA